AUGACUAGAAGUACAAUUAAUACAGAUGAAAGUUAUAUAGCAUAUCUUACAGAACAACAAAUCGGUGAAUUAUACCAACCACCUACAGACCAUCAAUAUGUUCCACACUUCUAUACAACUCGAACAGGUUUAGAAUGUCGCCGUUAUUUUUGUGAAGUUUGUGGUCCACUUGCUAAAUCUAAUUUAAAAACUGGCUCACCGAAUGUUAAAUAUACUGGAGCACUACAACGUCAAUUAGAUUGGAUUGCAGGUACUACAUUACCAGAUGCUUUAACACGAUCACAUGAAGCAAUGAUGUACUAUAGUGAUCAUAAACAUUGAGUUGUUACGCAGUAAUAGCAAUCAAAAUAUGAAUGUAUGAUUGAUAUCCGUCAGUAUGAACAUAAGUGUAUCAAUUAAAUACCCAUUUUCUUCGAGUAAACACACAGGAUUUACAGGAACAUUUACUCUGAAAAAACUUUCCUUGUAAUUUUAGUUUUAGCCUAAUUUUAUUUGCAA